CAAAAGGGCAGUUCAUAAAUCAUAAUGAAGCUUCCCUCUGCUGUAGCUCAAUUCCGGUAGAGUUUUCUUGACUACCAGCAGACCACCGCAACUUCUGCAGCAAGUAUGGAAUCCAACAGAGGCCAGAAUGGAAUUCAACAAUUGCUAGCUGUAGAACAAGAAGCUCAGCAUAUUGUUAAUGCUGCCAGAAAUGCAAAAAUGGCUAGACUUAAACAGGCCAAAGAAGAGGCUGAGAAGGAGAUUGCUGAAUUCCGUGUUCGAAUGGAAAAAGAAUUUCAAAGAAAGGUUGCAGAGGUAAAAAAAAAAAAAGACAGAGAA